AUGAAUACAUCAUUUAGAUUUGCUCAAAAAGCAGUGAAAGCAUCACAAAAAAGUGUUUGCUUUAAUUUCCGAGCAACAACUUCAACAGAAUCAUUUGCACAAUAUUUUAAUAAAAAAUCAACCUCCACUUCAACCUCAUCCACCUCAUCAUCAAUUCCAUCAUUCGGUUCAUAUGCUAACUUUAGUUCAGCUGUAAAUUCAACUGGAAAUGCCACAAAUAUUAUAGGAUCUUUUUCUUUUUUUUUUCCUUUUUUUCACAUUUACAUUGCAAUGUAUAAAUUUACUUAUAUAAUUGUUUUAAAAUCAACAACAACAACAACAACAACAACAACAACAACAACAACAACAACAACAACAACAACAACAACAACAACAACAACAACAACAUUCAGAUGUACCAAAACAAUUUCAGGUGGUUUCCCAUUAGUAGAAAUUCUAUGUUUAAUUGACCCAGAUGAUGAUGAUGAUCGGUAA